AUGACAUGCGUCACCUCCCUGGCUCGGUUCGACGAGAAGACAAAUCAGAGGCUUCAGAGGUUGAUAGAGGACCACAAGACAAGCAGACAGAAGGGUGCGAAGAUGUGGAAGGAGAUGAUGGCGAUCUUUGAAGACGGGCUUCAAUCUUUCCUCUCAGCCACAGCAGAGGAGGUUGAAAGUUCCUCCAACGUUGACGUCAACAGGAUGAAGAGAAACAUCAAGACGUUCCUCCGCGACUGGCGGCAACCAGCUCUGCUCUUCGAGUUGUUCAACAUCGAGCAGGACGACGAGAGCGCACGCAAACUUGUCCUCUACGUCUUUCAUGCUCUCCUGGGCAACGCAAAUCUUGACGACAUCAGAUUCAACCAUCCUCUUAACAACCAACAUCUCGCUUCCUUACGCCAGGACGUAGUCGACAAGUGGAUCCAACUUUCGGACGCCUCCUCCUCCUCCUCCUCCUCCUCCUCCUCCUCUCUCCUCGGCACCAGGGAUCUUGAGGCCAUGCUCAUGAUGGGAGAGGACGCACGUACCUGUAUGGCCAUCGAGCCUGCGAACAAGAGAACACUCAAGGGGCUGCUCGGGUACCUCCUCCAGGGAAACACCAGGAUGCUCUGCGUCAACCCUGCUCUCCCUCCCUCCUCCUCCUCCUCCUCCUCUUCCCAUGGCAUCGAGACUCGCAAGGAGACGGUCCUCUUUGUUGACAGACCUUACUUUGAGGGGGAGUUCGACAAGCAGGCAGCAGAAGAUCUCAAGCAGCAGGCAACGCAACUCGCUGACCACCUGGGUGUCCCUCUACACUUGGCAAGGGAUUCUCCUCCUUCAGACCAGGAGAUUGCCAGCCUAAAGCUUCCUCCUCUCUCUGAAGCAUAUCCCUACCCCGCCCUUGAGUUUGUUGACAAGGCUGGCAUCUCUCCCUACGUAUGGAGGGACGGCAGGUACGGGGUCGGCCUGGUCUUCCGCGGAGAGCUCGGAGGGGCGAACAUCCGGACGUCUCUUGGUGGAACUGCGGUUGCUGUUGGGAUUCUCUUCGAAGGAUGGACAGACUGCUUGAGCGUUGUAGAGAGGAGCAAAGACAGUUCAAGGUUGGGGUACAUGAAAGAUGUUCAGUUGAUCGGCGCCGCCAUAGCGACAGAUGUUCGCGGGACUCAAACAUCGCAGAGGCAGAAGAAGCGAAUGCCGUGGGAGCUUACCUUCUAAUGUAACAUCUAUGAACUAGAACACAUGCG